CUGCAGCGGCUCGAAGACGAUCUAUCGACCUUCCGUGGCCGGCUGCCGCGCAUUUUCGUCGCCGAUCAUGUCCGCCAUCGUCGUCCCCAGCCCGGUGCCGUCCCCCUCCGACGACGCCGAGGGCAUCAGGAAGGCGCUCCAAGGAUGGCGGGCGGACAAGGAGGCCCUGGUGCGCAUACUGGCGGGGAGGACGGCGGCGCAGCGGUCGGCGAUCCGCCGCGCCUACGCCUUCCUCUUCCGGGAGCCGCUCCUCAACUCCUUCCGCCAGCGGCUCUCCCGCCAGUACUGCCCCGUCACCAUCGACUUCUGGAAGGCGGUCAUCCUGUGGACGAUGGACCCGGCGGAGCGGGACGCGAACCUGGUGCACGGCGCGCUGCGGCGGCGAGGGGACGGCGAUCACCUCGCCGUGCUGGUGGAGGUCGCGUGCGCGUCCGACCCCGACCACCUCGUGGCCGUCCGGCGCGCCUACCGCUCCCUCUUCGGCUGCUCCGUCGAGGAGGACCUCGCGUCCUGCGCCGCGCUCCAGCAGCCGCUGAGGAAGAUGCUGGUGAGCCUCGUGAGCUCCUACCGCUACGGCGGUGACCGCGUCGACGCGGACGUGGCGAGGCUGGAGGCGUCGCAGCUCUCGGAGGCCGUCCGGAAGAAGCAGCCGCACCACGACGAGGUGGUGCGGAUCCUCAGCACCCGGAGCAAGCCCCAGCUCCGGGCGACGCUCCGGCGGUACAGGGAGGACCACGGCACCGACAUCGUCGAGGACAUCGACAGCCGCUGCAGCAGCCAGUUCGCCAGGACGCUCAGGAGCGCCGUCUGGUGCCUGACCUCGCCGGAAAAGCACUUCGCGGAGAUGAUCAGGGAGUCGGUGGUGGGGCUGGGGACGUACGAGGACAUGCUGACGAGGGUGGUGGUGUCGCGGGCGGAGAUCGACAUGAAGCAGAUCAAGGAGGAGUACAGGGCCAGGUUCAAGACCACCGUGACCUGCGACGUCGUCGACGACACCUCCUUCGGCUACAAGGACAUCCUGCUGGCCCUGGUUGGCUGCGAGGAAGAGUGAAGUAGCAAACCUGGAGCGGUGCAGUCCAUGGUUGUGGGAUGCGCACGAAACAGAAUGAGAGACUAGUCAUACCACACCUCCGACGGGACUCCGUUGUCUAUCAAUGAAUUCGUAUUCGAAAGAAGUUUUUAAUUAUAUAAUUUUUUUCCUUCGUCGCAGUUAGUCUCGUUGGUUAAAUUUACGGUCAAAGUUAGACCCCGGAAAGCGCGGGCGCACUAUAUUUUGAAAUGAAGGGAGUAUUUUUUAUUGUACGUUCUAUGUUUAUUUUUUGUGUCAUGAUGAAUACAUGUUGUUU